AUGUCGGGUGCUAACCAGGAGUACGCCGAUCACUAUAUCCACCAUAGCACGGAGCCCCUUGGUCUUCGUGAUGCGCAGGCUGCUGACGGCGGUGCCAUGCCUAAUGAACCUGCCUCAGUCCCUACCGAGCCCUCCAAUACCAACAUGUCGGAUCUCACACGCUACAAUCCGGACGCAACUGAGAUGUAUAAAGGUGACAUGAACUCUCCGUACGACGCACCUGCCAUGCCAUCGGAGGCCGAGUCCGCCUUCAACGACAUCUUGUUUCCACCGGACUCGUACUACCAUGGCACAUACUGGGCUGAUCUUCCUUUGGGUGAGCGUGCCAAGUUUAUCAACCGACAGACGGGUCAGAUUCUGAAAGAUGAACUUAUCGCGGUCGGUCGUAUGUUCAAGAGGGAUCCAUUCAGCCCAAUCUCCGCAUACUUCUCUACGUAUGUUGUCAACGGUAUGGGUAUGUUUGUCGAGGGUUACACUCUAUUCUCCGUCGGCAACCUAAAGCCCAUGUUUGCAAACACGGAUGUCCCUAAAGCCGACAAUUCAUUCUCCGGACAGAGCCAAUUUUUCCGGUGCUGGAAUAGUUCGGAUGAUAUGAAGAAAAAGCUCAACAUUCCGAAAGAGCAAUCUGGGCCCGAACGGAUUUGUGACAAGCAAUGGUUGAAUGCCAUUGACUACCUUGAAAUUGUUGGUAUUAUCGUCGGACAAAUCCUUGUCGGUAUUGAAGGUGACUGGGUUGGUCGCAAGUUUGGUAUGGUCCAGGAUGCUUUGGUCAUGACUCUCGGCUCGGUUAUGCUUACUUGUAUGUGGGGUACGAGCUUCAAUGGCUGGGUCAUUUGUUACGCUUGGUCUUUGUUCAUUUAUGGUAUUGGUGUUGGCGGUGAAUAUCCUAUGACGUCGACGCGUGCCAUGGAGGGCAACAGCAACCGGUACGCCUCAACUACUGGUGACCGUCUUCACCGUGGUCGGAACGUCUUGCUUGCUUUCUUGAUGCAGGGUUGGGGUCAGUUUGUCAACCAGGUUUUGCUUAUUUUGCUCCUCCUGAUUUUCCACAGCUCCCUGAAUGCCCCGAUCUCGCCGGUUGCUGCCCAAUACACUUUCCGUGUCUCGUUCGGCAUUAUCGCCGCAUUUACUCUCUAUCUCGCGUACUACCGUUACUACAAGAUUCAGUAUGCCGAAGGCGCUUUGAGGGAUGCCAAGGCAAGGCUGAACACGUCCGGUUACGACGCACGAUCAUUGGCGCUUGCUCUCACGCACUACUGGCACCGUCUGAUUGCAUCAACCGUCGGUUGGUUCGCCAACGAUUUCUUCUUUUAUGGUAACAAGAUUUUCUCGGGUCAGUUCAUCAAGAUUAUCAACCCGGGUGGCACGUUUACCACGACAUGGUUGUACAACCUGAUUAAUGUCGGUGUACAGCUUCCUGGUUACUAUCUGGCCGCUUUGCUUGUGGACAACAAAUUCUAUGGUCGUAAAUGGAUGCAAGCUAUCUCAUUCAUGGCCACAUUUGCCCUAUUUUGUGGUGCUACUUUUGCUUUUAAUAAACUGACAGACAAAAACGACAUGCCUCGUGUGAAAGCAUUCCAGUUCAUCUUCUUCUUCUCGUCUUUCUGGAACCAGUUCGGUUACAACUCGACGACUUUCCUUGUUGCCGCUGAGAUUUUCCCGGCCUCUAUUCGUGCCACAUGCCAUGGUGUCGGCGCUGCUAGUGGUAAGCUUGGUGCCUUGCUUCCGACGAUUAUCUACCACUACGUUGGCGAUCACGCGAAGUUCUAUAUUGUAACUUGGUUCGGUCUGGCUGGUCUGUUCGUCACACUGCUCUUCCUUCCCGAUACUACGGGUCUUGACUUGCGCGAGCAAGAGCGUUACUGGGAGUAUGUCAUGAACGGCAAUGCUCAGGACUACCAUGGUGUGGCUAUCCACCCGCGUCAUCUGUCGCUCUUUGAGCGUGUGGUACUGAAGCGGCACUUGCCUUACAACCCUCAGCUGGAUGCCCAGCAAAAGAUGGCCGAGUUCCGCACGGUGUUCCACAGUACUGUGGGCUCGGGCCACUACGGCGAAGAGGAUCUCACUGUUCAGCAGCGUGAAUUCCUUUCGAGCGAGCUUGGCAGCAAGUUCUCGAAGGACCCGAAGUUUGUUCAGAAUGGCGGUCACUUCAAUGAUUUGCACGACUCGAAGCUCGAAACGCUUGAGAAGCAGUUGUAA